AUGGGGAAAGGAUUUAGUGGUAGCGUACCACAGUCAUCCGUGGUUCAAACCCCACCUCUGCAUUUCUACCGAACCUGCCCAGCACCGGGCAACCUGACAAUAACUCAGCCCUCACCCCAGAAGAGCUAUGUCGUAUGCGUACUCGAUAUCUGUGAGUGGGCGCCCAGGGAGCACUUCGACCCAACAGACAUGAUCGCCUCAAUGACGAAGUUGAAGAGGAACGGUGAAAGAGGACAGCUCUGUCGGACACCACUUGAUGUGGAUUUCAGUGGGGAUGUUUUUCUAGGCAGUCAGGUCAGCAACUUUCUACGGGCUUCUAUAAAAAAUCGAUCAGCUGUAGCACCAUUUCGGUGCCUAACUGCCAUGCCACCCGAAGGUUGCAUGAGGGCUGGGAUACUGCCAGGUUGCCCAAGCCUAGACAAGAGGGUCGAGAGGCUGAGGCCGGGUUCGAACCACGGACCUUCUGGUCACUUGAAAAUCAAAACCGAUCCCCUACACGUGGUCUACCAACCGGAACUGAUCGAUUGUGUCGUGGACUUCCUGCAAACAGUUGCAUCGGCUGCGUCUCUUGAUUUGGAGUUUUACACCCUGCAUCCAUUGUUCCAUUCAGCAUCUGCCCGUCUUCACUAUGAAGUCAUCAAGCAACGGACCCAAGCCAAUAUUCGGGCGAUUUUAGACGAAACAUCCAAACCCAAUGGUUUCAAUGACACCACUUUCCCUCCACGAAGCGCUUCACCCUCCACCAGUUCGUUUCAGCCAGCCGUCAAGAGCAAGCGACCUCGACGUUGGCAUCUUCAACUUGACAUAUCGGCACCAAGGUUGCUGUUGCCAAAUCGGUUCUCUGAAUUUAUGGAACGGGGUGACGUGCGGCGUCAGCCUGUUAUCGGACUUCUUUGCAAUUUCGGGCACCUGAGAGUCAGCAAUUGGCCAUUAGCAGAAACAGAAAUGGCUACUAGGAAUCAAAGAGAUACGGAAUGGGUUCCUGAGGACCGCGGGGCUCCUUCUGCUUGGAGUGCGAAGGACGAAGAUGACCUGUUUCUCACUCCUUGUGGUACACCGGACAAUCAAUCGGAUGCAGAAUUGGACGAGUUGGAUGCAGAACCAAGAACCGUUUUCGGUUCGGGCCCAUCGGACGGUGUAACUUGCUAUCCUGCCUUCCCACAAGUCAAUCUCUAUCAGUCUUUUGUGGUUCAUCUGGACGAGCUUCAUGUGCUUGUCGGUCCGUUGAAUAUGUUGAAAAAGUUGCAGUUGUGGACGAAUCCGGAAGAUUCAUGUUUUCCCGGUGAUACAGGUUCCCAUACGCCCACCGACUGCACCGAUUUCGAACAGGAAGUCCUAUCGCCGACGAGUUCUAGGCUUUUGCAGCAACUGUCUAUCGUGGAUAGAAUCAGUCUGCGUCUACUUGUCAGCCGUCGGGUCAUCACCUAUUCAGAGCUUGUUCGACGAUACAAAACUUUGGCUGAUCAGACCGGUGAAUACCCUCCAUCAUUGUGGAUUACGCUGGAACAAGAACGCUGCGUUCUCCAGCUGUCCGACUCCAAAAUCCACAAUUUGCUCAAGUGUCUUCGGCCAAAACAUGAGGUUCCUGGUUCAUAUACCGCUGAAAGCAAGCAAGUCGCCACGUCAGCUUCUCCGCCAACAGCCCAUUCGGAUCGUCCCGAACGCUUAUCUUGGUUGAGUCUGUCUCGGAGUCGAACACGAUCUACAGAGACCCCCCGUGCAAACCAGACUUUGAAUGAUAAAUGGACAUGUUCCAGCUUUUCUACUCAACGGAAGCGGCUGAUAGCCACAUUUUCUGUGGCGGAGUUAAUCGUCCAGCUGGAAAAUAAAGGUUACCCCACUGCCGAGUUUCGCCUGGAAGGAUUCGCUGGCACCUGGAUCCGUCUUACUGGCCGCGGAGCUGGCUACCAGGGUCGCAUUCAGUUGCGGAACUUCUCCAUCGCUGAUGCCGUUACAAACCUGGGCGGGGAAUACGAUCUGCUUCUGGCAGCUCGCAAGGAUGUUCGUCUAAAUGAUGAUGGUCGACUAGAAGUCCGUUCUACCUCUUCUAUGGAUCCCAGGGAGACCCCUAUUGAUCCUGUUCAGAGCGUUAUUCACCCAUUAGUUCAACCACCGGAAGGCCAUGUGCCACCAAUAUUGGAGUUUUCAGCUGAGUUUGCUGGUAAUGGCCUUCACACUUCGCUGCCAAGUCAUUGUUUGACCGCCUCUGGCUCUCUUCCACCCUUCACGUGGUUGUGCGAAAAGAGCCCUUCGUGGAAGUCGGUCGACUGGCAUACGCAGCACAUGGCCAAGCCAGCGCAGCCUGUGCAGUGUGAUCAGUUCAUCUAUCGAGGUCUAAAUGAUGAUGGUCGACUAGAAGUCCGUUCUACCUCUUCUAUGGAUCCCAGGGAGACCCCUAUUGAUCCUGUUCAGAGCGUUAUUCACCCAUUAGUUCAACCACCGGAAGGCCAUGUGCCACCAAUAUUGGAGUUUUCAGAUCACCAAGAUUCACACUUCAUACGUCUUUACUUUGACUGGAUUCCGCGCGCUGCCGCCAGGGAUGUUGACAGCCAUGUCACUCCGAGGUCCCAAAUCGUUGGAACCCGUACUGUACGGCUACACCUGCACUGCUUGGACGUUGUAUUUAAUCCCACAACUCUCGGUGAAAUCUACAACUGUGUCUACUAUCUGACCUCGUUGUCUGAGAUCUUUCCGGGUUCGUCCAGACCAUCUGAUGAGCCAUCAUCGGCGUCGUCCUCAUCCUCGCUACCCUCAGCGAUCCAGCAGAUCACCCGCUUGACAGUCGACAGAUUCAGCGUGUUGGUGAUCAGAGUUAUUCGACCUACCCCCACCACCGACGAGGCCAUGUGUCAUGGAAACGUUUGCCGUGCGGAACGAAUUGUGCUUACAAAUUUGGACGAAAUCGAUAUCUGCUCCGAAUCUGAUCUCCGUUCUCGAACAAUAUCAUUUCGACUGAACGGCCUGCGCGUCCUAGAUCUCACACAGAAUUCUCUCAGGUAUCGUUAUCUCCUUACCGCCGGCAUCGUGUCAAAAAGUAUCGGAACAUCUUCCGCCUCGGUGACCGACCGAGGAAACUCACCGGUAUUUAUGAACUUGAGGUGGCCGACUUCGGAUGCUGACCACAAGAAGGGAUUGCCUUCAGAGCUUUCACUAUUCCUUCCACAUUUCACGUAUGUGCAUUCUGCCUCAACACUGGAGCAACUAAUAUCAUGGACGCAAACUUUACCGACAUGGCGAAUUGACACCAAGCUUGUUCCUCCACGGGCUCCCUCAGAAACGAGUCGCUAUUUAUUUUCACUACCCGUCUGCUGCGAACUCAUCCAACCAGUUCUGGUCAUACCAGACCGAACAGCUUCUUCAAGUCGUGCACUUAUUGCCCGACUUCAAAACGUCCACCUUUUCAAUCCAGAUUGUCCGUCCUUGUGCCCCAAUCGCUUGAUUCACUGCACAAGUAAUCGUGUGUGCACGCGAUUCGAUUCGGCUGAACUGCUUUUCGUUGAGUUCGCGAAAUUCCCCGCCCUUCAUAUAUCGUCACCCGUAUUGGUCGAACGCAUGCUCCACUUCUAUCGGUCCGUGAUUUGCCCUAACUCAAGUCGACAAUCCAGUGGGGCUGAACAAAUUUUAGCACCGAUCUCAGGUUGUGUUUGGCUUUCGUCACCCAUCUCAGGUUUCCACCUUCCACUAUGGUAUACCUCCACCGCCCGUCCGUCUGACUUAUUUUCUGACUCAUCACCCGAAUCCCUUGACCCGUCACUCGCCUCGGACCAACCCUCUUCAUCAUCAUCCAACAAUUUGGAACCUUUUCUCUUGGAGCUGAAAGUCGAGCGUGCCGUACGCAUUUACCUCACCAAGCCGGUGUGUCUGCACUUAUCCAGAUUUCUUCUCAGUGUUUCCACACUUCGGACUCAGUUCAGUGACACGGGUGGUUCUUUGGAGUCCAGGGACACCAUAGCUGUACACUACAUCCAUUCAGAUUUAACACCCUUUCGGUGCCUAAAUGCCAUGCCACCUGAAGGUAGCACGAGGGCUUGGAUACUGCCAGGUUGCCCAAGCCUAAACAGGGGAAGUCGAGAGGCAGAGGUUGGGUUCGAACCACGGACCUUCUGGUCACCAGUUUCAAUGGAUUCUCCCAAAAACCGGAUUUCUUUUUGUCUGUCAUUACCGCACCUGCAACUUGAUACUAUGGCCGAUCUCGAUAUCAAUCCGGUACCCCUGGCAUGUCUCAGACUCAAUGACGUGGUUGUGAAACUAACCCAAGCAUCCAACACAACCCCUCACCUUUCGUCUUGUGGUGAACUUUUUGCCCGGGAUGUGGUGCUCUGUGAUAUGCUCCCAGUCGAAAACGGAUCAACGCCUAAUGUGGAUCCCAUUUUAUUGUCUGUUCUGCCAGAAAACGCAGAAUCAGCAGCGGUCUCAAAAACCGCUUCAGCGAUUACUACCUCCUGUCCAGAUCUGACUUCUAACUGGGGUAGGGAGUCGAAGAUACACCAUACUUCAGUCGGUUCAUGUUCCCAUGCAAUUUCAGACGAUCAGUUGGCGAUGUGUGAAGCGUGUUCUGCAUAUGACACUUUUGCUAAUUCACUACGGCUGUUACACACAGCUGCGCUGCGUAUUCAACUGCUCAUGCUGUCCAAUCUGGUUGAUUCAGGAGUUCCAGAAAAAUUUGGUCAGGCAAAGCGAAUGAUUUAUGUCCAAUGCAAGCAAGUGUUAUCCCGAUUACGUCCACAACCGUGGGUUCUACUACUGGACUUUUUGAGUUUUUCGAGCCCCGAUGGUUCUUCGUUUGACACCCGUCUACGGUCUUCCUUGAAUCUUUCAGAACAAAUUCCGCCAACCAACACCAGUGCGACCGCAUCUACAAUCUCCGAACCAACCCUCAUCUCCAUCAAUGCAGACGCGUUCGAGGUUGUACUGACGACCACCUCAUGCGAUGAUCCGAGACCGUGUGACCUGGCCAAAUUUAGUGGUCACACUGCGCGUCUCUGCUUUCUGGAUUUUGUUGAUCAACUUGAACCGUAUCUUUCUGUCGAUCGACAGUUCACACCGGACAAUUUCCCGGGACCGUACCUGUUUAUGGAAGGCGGUUUGGGCGAUUUAGUGAUCACCACAAAUUCAGCCAACGAUUGUUCACUCUACAAUGAGCGUUUCCGCAUACGAUCUCCUGCGGAAUUAUCUGUUGAUUCAACCCUACGCUUCCGGCUACUCCGUUCUCUUACACCCUCCCCUGGAAACCUAGAAAUCAAUGGUUAUAUCUGGGCACGUAUAGCCCCAUCAAUCUACGUUCACAUUCAAUCUUUUAUGAUCGCUUUGUUGGACUCGAUCGUUGAACUUUUCGAUCUACGUGACAUGUUUUCCCGAGCAAGGAAGUCGGCUGAAGGUCAGAUGAUCAAUACACAGGCCCCGACCUCUCCCAGGUUUCUACUGGACAUUGUCCUCGCAGAUCCGCGGUUCGUUGUUCCUGUCAGUUCUCACAGUCCGGAAGCUCUUGUCGUAGUCAUGGACCGAUUGAUGGUCAAGACCGCGUGCCUUUGUACCCACGACGAGGUAGAUUUCGUGUCUCCUAUCGAUGAGAGCAGACGUUAUCGACCACACUGCUUCCAGCGCCUUCCUGUCUCCGACCCCUUGUUCCAAUGUAGGUGUUGUCCUUCCAGUUCGGCUUCACAAGAAUCCAGUCCAAUGUUGGCUGGCUCCUCGAGUGACGACUGUCAUGCCAUACGAAGGAGUCACGAGGGCUGGGAUACUUCCAGGUCGCCGGAGCCUAGACAGGGAGGAAGUCGAGAGGCAGAGGUUGGGUUCGAACCACGAACCUUCCGGUCAGUAAAUUCGCGCUCUAACCACUUAGAUCCCGUCGAUGCCGAAAUCGGAAAUUGUGUUUUGGAACGGAUCCAUCUGGAUUUGUCGAACGCGGUGAUUUACCACGGUGUACGUUGUUCGAAAGCAAAUCAUGUUGAACCUGAACCGAUGGCCGACCAGUUUGUUCAGCUGAAGCGCCCUUUCGGUGCCACCGGAAGGAGACACGAGGGUUGGGAUACUGCCAGGUUGCCCAAGCCUAGACAGGGGAAGUCGAGAGGCAGAGGUCGGGUUCGAACCACGGACCUUCUGGUCAAUCCCGUCGAUGCCGAAAUCGGAAAUUGUGUUUUGGAACGGAUCCAUCUGGAUUUGUCGAACGCGGUGAUUUACCACGGUGUACGUUGUUCGAAAGCAAAUCAUGUUGAACCUGAACCGAUGGCCGACCAGUUUGUUCAGCUGAAGCGCCCUUUCGGUGCCACCGGAAGGAGACACGAGGGUUGGGAUACUGCCAGGUUGCCCAAGCCUAGACAGGGGAAGUCGAGAGGCAGAGGUCGGGUUCGAACCACGGACCUUCUGGUCACCUCCAGCCCUAUCGUUCCAUCAUCAGAUGCCCUGGUCCAAUGCCUUCACUUUUCCGAUUAUUUGGUCACUCCUGGUCAACAACCGAACCGACUCCGGCGCACCUUGUUUGAUGCGAAAUCCAUGCAAUUUCGACUAGAACGUAAUUUGCACAGCGCGCGCUCACAUCACUCACCUGAUUGGCGAUUGGUCACUCCACUGACGGAUAUCCAAAUCUACUUAAACGAGCACAUCUACAGUGUGGUUCGUGGUCUGUUAUCCCACAACUUUGGUGAUGCGGGUUCUGGAAAGGACAAAACGGAGUCGUCAUCUGCUGGAUCACUGCUGGAUCGAUUCAAACUACCUCAGCUGCGUGAUCUUCGUCAUCCUUCAUACUAUCCUCUAAAAGCUGGUCUACAGACUGCCAUCACCGGCAUCCCGUGGACCGUGUUUUCGUUUGAGAUCCCCAUGGAAAAUGUCCGAUUCCUUUGUUUCGACGACGCCAAUGGAUCUUCCGGGUCCGGGGAACACAGUCGCAUUGAUUUCCGGUUGGCUUGUUUUUCCUUUGAUGCUCUGUCAGAUCGUCGUGUGUUUGUUGGACUUCAAUGUACAAAGGUGCGCUUUAUCGAUCCACAGAUGAAUAAAGCCAUCAUCGCUCCAGUCGAUCCACUUUUGCACGACGGAGUGCAGUCCCGAGGAUCUCGUCCGAAUUCGAUGACAUCUUCCGUGGUCUACUGCUUCUGGCUACAGUACAUUAUGGACCUGCAUGGAUCUGCAGCACUUUGGCUUCAUCUGGACCGAAUGCGUAUCCUGUACCACCACAAUGCCUUCUCUCGUUUACUAGUCUUCUUGAAAAGCCCUCCGAGUUCGAAGUGUUCUGUUGAUCAGCUCCUCCGCAGUCCUCUUUCGCAUAUCAGCUGUGCGCAGAAAACUCCGAGCUUGAGUUGGUUGGACCACGUAAGGCUAUCCUGCCUUGGGAACAGUACAUUUACCUUCAUCGUUGUUCUGUUCACCUUUCCAUACCGGAACUCCGUUGUUUGCCGUCCAUUCUAUUCUGAUUGGCUCUCUUAUGGCACCAUCCUGCUUGCCUAUUCGGACCUGAAUGGUGUUUGGAAGACCACGGUCCCUUGUGCUCAUUUAUGUCUUCACACAGUCAGUCUUCGUCUGACCUGUGAUAGACGAGCCCAUCAUAUUGUAGACUUACAGUCAGCUCGCUUGGAUUUGUCACGUGACCAGCCCGUUCACUCCACAAGUCAGCAAUCUCUACCCGGCGUCAGGCGUCAGUGUUCGCAGCCUAUGUCGCUGUCCAACUCGGUAGCUACCGGUCGCCUUUGGAGAGGUUGGACGAACUGGCAACAUAUGGACUCGACCCCGCCACCACGACCCCCAAAACUGAACGUGGUCUGCACAACUUCAAAUAUCUCAGUCCGUGUGUCUCCACACAUCAUUCGGAAGCUCCGUUCUAUGGCACGCUUGAUCCGACGUCAAAUCUCCGAGCCUAACUCUACGGAGCAUACGUCCGAUGAUGGUCAGAUCAAAAUUGUCAAGCCUUUGGAAGGGAACGAAAACACCGGAGGGAGGCCUUUCACCGUGGCCAGCUGGAUUCAGCGAUUGGAUAGCCUAGCAAAUUGGAUCUCCCCUUUUGUGCAUGAUAUCAAGAUCCAAACUGGGUUCUCCGUACGAAUCCUCCGUUCUGAACUACGUUACCUUGUCCCUAUAUUCGACGCCCUCCUGCCACCUGUAACACCCUUCUGGUGCGUAGCUGACAACCUACCCGAAGGAAGCACGAGGGCUGGGAUACUGCCAGGUCGCCGAAGCCUAAACAGUGGAAGUCGAGAGACAGAGAUCGGGUUUGAACCACGGACCUUCCUGUCAUGUCUGGAGCGCCAAUUCACUCACCGGAAGGUCUGUGGUUCGAAUCCGACCUCUGCCUCUCGACUCCCCCUGCCUAGGGUUGAGCAACCUGACAGUAUCCCAGCCCUCGUGUUUCCUUUGUGUGACAUGGUAGCUAGGCGCCAAAAGGGAUUAACACUUACCUGGUGUCGUGAAGAAACUUCGCCCAUCGGGGUCUUAAAGGCAGACGGCUUUGCACUGAACUAUUUCAAUCGCGAUCUGGUGGCCUGGGAACCCGCCUUGGAGCCUUGGAGCUGUUCCCUGGAAUGGUAUCAAAUAUUGACCGACUCGUUCACCAAGACAAGCACAGUCAUAUUUACGUCUUCUGAAACACUCAAUCUCAACCUGACCGUUCCUCUGUGUCUUCUCGUCCGACGGCUCUUAGAAACAACACAGCAAGACUCGACGGGAUGUGAUGUUACGCCUGUGUGUUCAACGACAGCGUCGGACGAAACAACACGUCCGGACGAUCCAACAAACGCUGCACCAUUUCGUCUGUUGAACCGGACCGGCUGCGAUGUUUCUUUCAAAGUGUUGUCGAUGAACCAAAUUGAUGGAGUGUUUCAAAAUGAGGGGUCUCUUGAAGAAUUGGAUUCACGGCCUUGGUACCAUGUUGGGAGUGCGCAGGAGAUUGUCGAUAUACCCAGUCUUACUACCGAAAGCGAGAAGAUUCAGGACUCGUCUGUGCUUCUGCUCACGAAUCCGCCCAGCCUCUUGUUUCGUGUCACGGGUUGGAAACCGACGUAUCCCAUCUCAGUUGACAGACUUGGUAUUUAUUUCCGCACCCUGGAACGCAAUGACUUUGAAGAGGAUAUCGAUGAGGACAAAGUGUUCACGCUUACAGACUACUUACCCCAGUUCACCCGUCUCGUAAUUGAGGUUGUACGCACUGGUCCCUCUGUUCAACAUGUGAUUGUACUACGGUCGGGAUUGACAAUAACCAAUGACCUUGCGGACGGACAUCAACUGUUAGUGGGACUUCAACCGCCCACAGCUCCCCUUCACUCAGUUCCAGAGGAUAUUUGGUCCAGUCAAUUAGACGAUCCCAACCUACCUAUCCAAAGGAUUCCCGUCUGUCUAAUCGAUUCCGGAGAUACAGCUGCAGUGCCGCUCAAUUUAGCCGCCGUUCUGUCCACGGGAUUCGGUGUUUUAUCCUUUUGUCCGACCCUGAUUCCCAUUGGUCCGGGCCGGAAUAUGUCCUCGGUGUUCAGCCAGAUGACCGGUCCAUCUUUUGCUGCCUAUGGAUGGGCUGGUGUCUCCUUACCGGGUGCGACUCCAGCUGCACAAUCUGAGACUAUCACCGGAGUGGCUGUUUCGAGCAGUCUUCCUGAACUAUCAGAGACUGAGGUUGCAAAACAUCUGGACUGGACUAACCUGAAACAACCAGGUGAACUCAUCGAGGCCAUUUUGGUCUGUCACAGCUCGACCGCAACCGGUCAGGUUGGACUACUGAGUGCUACUCUGGACAGUGCAGCAACUCCCGUCUCUUCACCCGGCGCCAGCGCCCCUAUUUCUUACCAUCGGACUCAAAGUAUCCCACGACAAUACAACAUGUGCCUGGCCAUGGUUCGUGAUAACUUCCCCCCAGACCCACUAUGGACCGGCCUGCUUUCCACAUCGAAUCGGGCCAACCCAAAGUGCCUUCCGGGUCAUCACAUUACACUCGGUCCCAUAGUGCGCAUCACCAAUCUACUGCCGUGUGACUUGAUUUACUAUUUUUCGGGAACAAUGGUGAAAGGUUCUAUCUCUGCUGGAGCAGAUGCUUGUGUGAAUGAGCUGUCACCAGCGGAGGUCCUCAGAUUCGGCGUACAUUUGGACGGUUUCCCAAAAUGCGAACCACUAACUAUCCCUCCCAAUACCUAUGACCAGAAGGUCUUGCUUCGGCUACAAGACACUCUUGGCCGUCCUUUGGAACUGCAGAUUCAAGUCCUUGCUCGAGCUGGAAGCGCCAAGCACCUGACUGUGAGUGCGGCCUUCUGGUUAAUCAACCAAUCCGGACUGCCUCUUAUCUUCGCUCAGUCCUCUUCCUCACCUGGUCGGCUGUACGCUUCCAACACUGAGGCGGCACGACAGCGAGCGCUCACCAACAUUGCAGCCGGACAGUACGACGAGCACGAAGAAGCACGAUCCGUAUCACCCCUACUCUUCUCUUUUUCCAACAGAAAUGAAGGCUACUUAUUGAGGGUUCGAGUUGGACGAGGACUCGCGAAAACAGAAUCUGCAGAUCCAUCGAAUUCUAAUGGUGGAUUUUCUCCGGUGUGGUCUCCAGCGAUCUCCUUGGAUAAGUCUGGUGUGGACAUGCUACAAUUGAAAAUGGUCGAUUCAGCCAAUCGUCCCAGUCUGGUCUACCACGUUGGAUUUGAGGUUCGUGAAGGUUGCGGAAGACAUGCAGUAACCAGAAUUGUCACAUUCAAGCCACGCUAUGUGAUUGAGAAUGCCACAGAUCUCAGAUUACAUGUUGCUCAACAAAAGUGUCUUCGUACUCGAUCAGGUGCAUCAGCUAUUGCCGUCCUCGAUUCUGGUGGCACACAAGCGUAUCAUUGGCCCCGUGAAGAUUUAGAUCGCCUGCUUUCUGUCCGUGCCGUGUGGGAAGUUACAAACCCGGUGGAAGGAGAUAACCCGAUAGACAGGGAGCGCCAUUCAUCAUGGUCCGGCGGCUUUCCUAUUGACCGUCCAUAUUCGUUUACGAUGAUGCUCCACUUACCUCACCUUUCUGAGUCAUUCAACUCCAUCAGUGACACAACGAGCUGCCCGGUGGUUGAUCGCCUCUUCCUUCGUGUGGUUAUUGUACUCCGGGCGGCCACAUUCCACAUCCUACUGUCUGAUGCCAGUUCUCUUCCUGCUCCGUUUCGCAUCGAGAAUGAUAGCGCUGUGUCACUAUCCUAUCAACAAGUUCUGCGUGCGACUCCCUCCCUCAAAAGUGUCAUCACAGAUACGGGUUAUGAGCCUGCUUCAUUCUCUCCAAUUCUGUCUGACAGAACAUCCGCCAGUAUACGUCGCCAGUCUGAUGGAUCUUUGGAGUCCGUGUCGUCAACUAGCGGACAGGAAAAGUCUGAAUGGGUCGGGGGAGCCACUUUGUCCUAUAUUGGGCCAGCUACCUCGGUUGACUAUGCCAUGGAAGAGCCGCUGUUCAAUCCAGGUGGAACCAGCGCUGCGUACGAUCUGGACAAGAUUGGUUUGGGUCGUUCGUUAAUCUAUGACAAUUUUGUCUAUCUGACCGUACUCGGGCCUCUGAUGGACACAGCAGCAUCGUCAAGAUGUGACAGCUUCUCGUCCGACUUCGUUUUCGACGUGCGGCCUUCCUCGCACCAUGUGGUCUACUCGUCCAAGAUUCCAGGACGGCGUGCUCAGCUCUGGUGGCUCUCGGACUCUGGACACAUCUUCCACGAGGGCAGCUCUUCCCCCCUAGAGCCUGGUGAAAGAUCCAACCUCAAACCGGUUCUGUACAAAAAACAAUUCGUGCUAGAUGUGGAUACUGGCAGUGAUGCGGCACAUCGUGAUGAUGAGAACCGCUUCGUUCUAGAUACGGACACGAUCAGACAGUUCGAAGUUGCUCGACUAGUUGUGUCUCCACUGAACAAGCGCCGGAAGCAAUUUCAAACGUGGCGGAUAGAUCAGCACGGACUACUCGUGAACAACGCCCUGUACUGCGUCCAAGUUUACCGAGAAAGUACUCCUUUCCACAUAGGGCUCAGUGACUUUGUUGGUGCACCGAUCCUAGCCGUCAAACCUCGACCAUCAGCAACUCGCCUACUCAGUCCGUCACUUGCCCCGGCGAUUAUUCUGCCUUUGUGGCUACGCCCUGGUUCGGGUCGCUUGCGUGUCUACGUGUAUUUGGACGGAGUCACUCGAGUGCUGCGCAUUGAGGAUGAGGCUUUCCCUUCUAGACUGCUGCCUUCAAAACCGAGCGCUGAGAGCGCCUCCAAACAAAGCGCUCCGGACUUGUCCCGAUGGGGGAGUUUGAUGCUUGUUGAUGCAACACCAAAGGUCCUUGUAUCCCUUCCCCUCGGUAUCGGCCUGAGUGUCGUGUCCGCCUUUGCCGAAGAACUCGUGUAUGCGUCACUCGUAAACGUCCGGUUAUCGUUUUGCCGCGCCUACUCGUUGGAUGUGUUUGACAAGGACUGGGAGCGCUUUACUGAGCCUGCUAGUCCUCCGCCAUCUGGUGGUCUCAAUGUUGCUUGUGACGUGCUACAACUGGACGCCUGUAGUUCCCCUACCACUCGUGAGCCAACGCCUGAGGUAGCUCAGGGAAGUUGGACGAACGAGGAAACUGAUGCAUUAGCUUCUCUCCUACGACGCAAAUCUUUGUCGGAUUAUGUACGCUUCAGUGUGGAUCACAUGCAGGUCAACAGCCAAUUCCCCGGUGCAACUUUGCCGGUCCUCCUGUUCACGGACAGUACCUCGUUAGCAAGAGAGUCAAGCGCCACAAACAGAAUUGCGACAAAUGUCUUGCAAGGGAAACCGCUCGCGUUAAAUGCUCCCGGUGAAUUUGGAGGUAUCGAUCAGUUUCCUACUGCAUCUACGCUGAGUGUGGCAUAUCAGAGACAAGUUCAGAGCAGGUGGAAUGUGCAUCUGUUCAAAACUUUCCAGGUCACCGUUGGUCCAGUGUACAUUCAAGCCGAGGAACUGCUGCUCCUCAAAUUGAUCCAGUUUUGGCAACAUGCGACCAGCAGACUGUCGACUUCAAAUAUCACCCCGGACUACGAAGAUGAGCAGCCUCUUUCCAGACCGAAUUUCUCAUCCAGUGUUGACAAGAGCAUCCCGUUCUGGUUCGACACCCUGUCAAUCAGCUUCAUUCCUUUGAAACUCAGCGUUCAAACAGCUAAAAAGUCGCUCACGUCCUCCAAUCUAGCCGGAGCCAAACGUUUGCUACCCUCAUUGAUGAGUUUUAGCAACGCGGAAGUCAAUUUGGAACCUUUGUUGCGAUCUCACGUGCUCGGGACCAGUUCAUAUCUGAUCGAACAAGUAGUGAAGCACUACAAACUACAGCUCCGUGCUCACGCAAUCAACAUAUUUGGUUCUGUGGAUUUUCUGGGCAACCCGCUCGGAUUCAUCAACGAUAUGACUUCUGGGAUUUCAGGUCUAGUCGAGCUGGAUGUCGGAAGCCUGAUUCGUCACGUGGCCCACGGGGUCGGUGAUAGUGCGGCCAAGGUUGCCGGAAGCGUUUCACAUCUACUGAAUGCGAUCUCUCUGGACGAGGAGCAUCAACACGAACGAGCUGCAAUCUUAGGUGUUCGGGCGGACGCCUCACCUUUGUUGGAACCGAAUCGCUCGUCCCAGACCAGCUUGGAUGCUUUCGGUAGUGACUCGGCUUCCUACAGUUCUGAUUACGGCGCAGACCCCCUCGAAGGCUUUGAGCUUGCUCAGGUGUCCGAUCUGGUUCCUGGUAUCCCUAUUCAGUCUGGAGAAACCUUUGCACCCCUGGCCGCUGGAGUCCGAGGCUUAGUGCAUGGCUUCGUCGGAGGCCUGACCUCAAUGGUCACGCAGCCAUAUAAGGGCAUGCAGGAAGACCAGUUCAAGGGCUUCGUUACUGGAUUUGGAAGAGGAAUUUUGGGGACAGUUACUAAACCGCUUGGAGGCAUCCUCGAUCUCGUAUCGGGAGUCAUGACCACGAUAAGUGAGGCCACGAGAUUUUCUUCGAAUGUUCAACCCCGACGGCGGCGUCCUCGUCGGUCCGGCUUGUCAAAGUACGCACUGCUCCCAUUGGCUGUCUAUCGCCUAGACGAGUCUGUGGCUCAGCUGCAACUGCAUAGACUUACUCUGUUCACUUCUGCGCGCAGUGCUCCCAAGUCGUCCAGACGCUAUACUUCUCCUCCCUCGACCACGUCGACUGAAUGGUUGGAAAUUGGUGAGGAGGUAGCUGUGGAAUUGGAAGACUCUUCUGCUCACCCAGUAGAGUCUAAAGAAGUAAUACAUGCCUUGCAAUCAGUCAGCUGCGCCAUACAUUCCACAGUCGACGGAGCCUGGCUUUCCCACCGCUUCAAUUAUCCCGAAUGUGUUUUCUACGUACUACCCGUUCAAGAAGCUGGUGUUGUGGCCAUUCUCACCGAUCGAGCCAUCUGGUGCGUGAGCAGCCAAUCGCUUCGCGGUUUCGUUUCCUCUUGGCCAACCGAUCCUAAUACACCAUUCGAACGUCUACCGGGACCAAUAUUUCUGCUCACGGAGCACGCAACACUCAUGUUUAUGCUGCCUUACCACCGUCUCGAUCAUGUACGCGUAAAAAGGAGCAAUUUCUCCUUGUCGAAUUCCUCAUCCACGUCCGAAUCUGUGUACGUGGUUUUCACGGGAGAUUCCGGAGUCAGCGCGCAACAGUUACGAUGUGAUCACACGUCUUGGGCUGUCCAGUUGACCAAACGUACCAGAGAGACCCAGUUCCGUUUUCUUCAAGCAGCAUUUUCACUCUUUCGACCAGACCUGACCCUCACCCCGACCGCUGUGAAUACAAACCCCACUGGUCGAAGCAUACGGCAUGGGGGUGUGCCUCUGGUCCCGGGAUAUCCUGUGGCAUUAGCCUAUGCUCCAGUCUAUAGAUGAACCUCCGCAACGACUUUUAGACCCAGCGUGAUCUUAUUCAUCUGCUUUCCAGUUUCUUUUUUAUCGAAGGACAUUUUCAGUUCUUUCAAAAUUUAGGGUGCGUUUGACAGAACCCAAUCUCGCCGUUUGUCUGCUGAUCUUAUCAGUUAUUUUUUUAUAUUACAA